AUGCGGGUGCUGCUGUUCCCGGCGCUGCUUCUCCCAGCGCUGGCCGCCGCUCGCGGGGCCGCCACGGCACUGGGUGAAACAGACCAGGUCAGGAUGACCUCAGAGGGCUCUGACUGCCGCUGCAAGUGCAUCCUGCGGCCGCUCAGCAAGGAUGCCUGCAGCCGCGUCAGGAAUGGCAGCAUGCGAGUGGAGGACUUCUACACGGUGGAGACAGUGAGCUCGGGCUCCGACUGCAAGUGCUCCUGCACUGCACCCCCAUCCUCACUCAAUCCCUGUGAGAAUGAGUGGAAGAUGGAGAAGCUGAAGAAGCAGGCUCCAGAGCUUUUCAAGCUGCAGUCCAUGGUGGACCUCUUGGAGGGAACGCUCUACAGCAUGGACCUGAUGAAAGUGCACUCCUACAUCAGCAAGGUGGUGGCCCAGAUGAACACACUGGAGGAGACCAUCAAGACAAACCUGAGCAGGGAGAAUGACUUCAUGAAGGAAAGUGUUCUGCACCUCACCGACCAGAUGAAACGCUACGAGAACUACUCUGACAUCAUGAUCAGCAUCAAGAAAGAGAUCUCUAACCUGGGUUACCAGCUGCUGCAGAAGGACGCUGCUGCUGUCCCUGAGAGCAAGGCACAGGACACGGCAGGUGGCCGAGAGAAGGAGGCAGGACGGUACCCCAGCACCCGCAAGGCAUUGGGUGACAAGGCACCUCCCCGAGCACCCAAGGAGAAGCAGCUGAAGCCUGAAAAGCCCAGAAAAGAUAACAUGAAGGUGAAGGGGGUGUCACAGCCUACACCUAAACCCAAGCCAUCAGCACACCAGCAAACGGUGGUCAGGGGCAUCACUUACUACAAGGCCGGGCAGGUGGGAAUGGUGGAAGGGCCAGCUGGCAGCCGUGACAGCUCUGUGAAAGUGGUGGCUAUGCCAGAGCGUCAGCAGGAGAGGGGCCCCCUUCCUCCCCUGGUUGAGGGCACCCCAGCCCAAGCCAUUGCACGGGUAGAGACCACUGUGCCCAGCACCACGUCUGAGCCCAGCACUGUCCUGGCCCCCCAGACCACCAUCCACAGCCCCUCUGCCACCAUCCUCAGGCAAGAGGCUGACAGCACCGGGAGCCCUGAAACACCAAACAGAGUGAAGGAGGUGGAGUGUGAAGGCACCAUUGAGUCAGUUGAGUCCCCAGUGGAGCACCACAGCUAUGGGCGCAAUGAGGGAGCCUGGAUGAAGGACCCAGCAGCCAAGGAUGAUCGCAUCUAUGUCACCAACUACUACUAUGGCAACAGCCUGCUGGAGUUCAGGAGCCUUGACAACUUCAAGCAGGGCCGCUGGAGCAACCUCUACAAGCUGCCCUACAACUGGAUUGGCACUGGACAUGUGGUGUACCGAGGGGCCUUUUACUACAACCGUGCCUUCACCAAGAACAUUAUCAAGUAUGACCUGAAGGAGCGGUACGUGGCAGGCUGGGCACUACUCCAUGAUGUUGUGUAUGAGGACACAACACCCUGGAAGUGGAGGGGUCACUCAGACAUCGACUUUGCUGUGGAUGAGAGCGGGCUGUGGGUCAUCUACCCCUCCGUGGACUAUGAGUACUCGCAGCAGGAGGUGAUCGUCCUGAGCCGCCUUGAUCCUGGGGACCUCUCAGUACGCAAGGAGACCACCUGGAAGACAGGGCUGAAACGCAACACCUACGGGAACUGCUUCAUCAUCUGUGGCAUCCUCUACGCCGUGGAUACUUACAACCAGAAGGAAGGGCAGAUCUCCUAUGCCUUUGACACGCACACAGACACAGAAGCAGAGCUCCGUCUGCCCUUCCUCAACCAGUAUGCCUUCACCACACAGGUUGAUUACAACCCCAAGGAAAAAGUGCUCUAUGCCUGGGACAAUGGCCAUCAGAUGACAUAUGGGCUCCACUUUGUGGUCUGA